AUGACAGUAAGAAAAGCCAGAACUGCUUCAUUUUAUAUUGAUAUUGAGAAGAAUGGAUUUCUAGAUGAUGAUGAUAUUGCUUACAAACAACAACUAGAGAAACAAUUACAAUUACACCAACAACGCGGUGGUGGUGGUGGUGGUGGUGGGAGUGGUAGUAAUGGGAAAGGAAGGAAAGGAGAAUCCAUAACUCUUACCAUAUUAGUGUUGUGUAUAUUAUCAUUAACAUAUUUCAUUUAUGGUUAUGGAUCAACUAUAUUAAUGAAUAACAAUUUACAAUUGGAUAAAUCAAUUUUACUUUCUUCAGGUUUAGGAUCACCCGAGAUCUCUAUAUUGACACAAGAAUUGAUUAAUAAUUAUGAUGAAAUGAAUAAUGGUGGUAUUGGAUUAAUGGUAUCUGAUGAAUUAAAAGAAGAAUUAAAACAACAACAACAAUAUUAUUCUCAACCAAAAGUAGCCAAUAUAUUACUGUCUAAUGAUGGUACUACCAAACAAGAAAAUCAAGGAUAUCCAGCAACUAAUAACAACAACCAAGAUAAUGAUAAUGAUAAUGAAGAUGAAGAUUACAAUAGAAAGACCCUUAACAACAUCAACGAAAUUAAUAGCAAGAUUAACAACAAUUUUGAAGAUGAUAAUGAUAAUGAUAAUGAUACUCAAAAUGGAAAUUAUAAUGAUGUUGAAACCAUUCAAGCCAAUCUUAAAGAAAUGUUUGCCAUUAGUCCUAUGGUUGUACUUUCUCCAACUAAUCAAAUUGAUGAAUUACAAACCAUUCUUACAAAAUUGAAUAUUAAUCCUCAACCAAAAUUUAUUAAUUUAUCUAAACAUCCUAAUUAUUUAAAUAUUAAACAAUAUUUAAAGAAAAUUUAUAAUAUUGAUGAAGAUGAUCAUAUUCCUAAAGUAUUUUUAGGUGGGAUUCCUAUUGGUGAUAGUAAUAAAAUUAUUGAAAUGUAUAAAGAGAAUCAAUUGAUUAGUCAUUUAAGAGAAAAGGGUCAAGGAUUAAUAAAUAUUUAA